CGGUUGCAAAUUAGAGAACCCAAAUUUAACCUAAAUCUAUCGUCUCUGAUCUCUCCAUUCUCUCGACUCUCCUCUCUGUCUCCACCAUCCUCCUCGCCUCCUUUCUCUGUUGUCGCUCCCACCACUCCCCCAGUGCCCCCAACAGCAACCACCACCACCACCGCAGCAACCACACACCUCGACGCCUGGCUGAAGCUGAACGGCUCGUGCCCGGUUUCCAGGAACUUGCCGCUGCAAACCCCGGUGUCCACGCCGCUCUCGGAGGUCAUUUCACUCUCGCAGUACACCGCGGAUCGGAGGCGGAGGAGAAAUAUGCAAGCUUUACGGGGGAGCAUCCGGUUGGUCCGGAGACAAAGCAUUGGCAGCUUAAGUAGCGUCGAUUCGAAAUCAAAUAUUUCUCGCUCUGCUGCUGCCAAGUUUCAUGGGAGCUCUAUUGGGUCCCUCACCAAGUUUUCGUAUCAGCCUGCGGUCUCAUAUACAAGAAUCGGCUCCCAAGCAGAGACAUCAACAGCAUCUAAUAAUGGUAUACCAUUGGUAUCAGUGGCAUGCAGAAGUUCAAGGCCGGAUUUGUUUCAACAGGCAGCAGUGAUGCCUCCUUUCAUUCGCAGGUGCUUUUCAACGGCUGAAAAUAUUGUUGAAUCGGCUUCACAGGAUUCUUCUGCGUGUGUCGCUGAUGUAGCUCCCCGCAUCAAAUUUAAGAGGCUCGAUAAAACUGCCAAGCACAUAAUGCAGAUUCUAGAUAAGGAAGCUGUAGAAGAAGUGAGGGCAGAGAGAAAAAUGCCUGAUAUAAAGCCUGGUUAUAUUGUGCAACUCAAAGUGGAAGUGCCUGAGAACAAGCGACGUGUUUCAAUUCUGAAAGGCAUUGUUAUAGCAAGACGUAAUGCUGGUUUAAAUAGUACAUUUAGAUUAAGGAGGCUGGUAGCUGGGGUUGGAGUUGAAUCGCUCUUCCCACUGUAUUCACCUAACAUAAAGGAGAUAAAGGUGCUGGACAAGAAGAAAGUGAGGAGGGCCAAGCUUUACUAUCUCAGGGACAAAAUGAACGCGCUUAAGAAGCAAUAGCGGCUUACGCUUUUUGGAAGGAGGCGGUCGACAUUUUGGAAGAGUUUUAGAUCAAGGAGGACUGCUGCAUUUCUGCAUGAGAGGUAUCUGUGAGCUUGCCCAGGAGCUGGCAGUUGAGGUGAAUGAGGUGGAGCGUCAAAGCUUAAUUAAUUUGUUCAUUUCACAUUUCAGAUUCUAUGUGCAUAAUUUGGAAGUCAAAAGUGCAACAUAAUUUGACCCCAGUAGAGCAGGAAAAAGGUUGAUAGAAUACCUAAUCACCUCUUUUGUGAUCA